GGCGCGGCCGCGGCGCGAUGGGAAGAGGUGGUGGCACCGGGCUCUGCUGCGCGCGGCGCCGCGUGCUCCCGCGGGCGCGGAGGUUGCGAAGAUGGUACAGUCCCCUCUCGUGUUGCUGUUGCUGGCAGACUAGAGUUUGAGAGAGUGUGGUAUCAGUUGCUGCUGCACUUGCUAUUCAAUGUUUCAAACUGCUCUAAGGAAGUAACACUCUCCUCUUCGGAGAGGACAUAAAAUGCAUGUUAUGAAUUGUCUCUCCUUGGUCAAUGACAAAGAAAAUGGGGCUAUUCCAGUUACAACAGGAUUAAUGAAUGAGGACACGACAGCAUCUCAACUUGCUCAGCCUGAAGCACCACCACCCCCUUUGCCAUGUCCCCUCACAGGGGCACCCCCAGCCCCUCCACCUCCCCCAGGGAUGCCGCCCCCACCACCCCCUCCUCCUCCGUUGCCUGGGCCAAGCGUACCUCUGCCACCACAGCUAAUAAAUGGGCAUGACAGCCAUGGCAAAAAAAAACGAAUACGGAGCUUUUUCUGGAAAACUAUCCCUGAAGAGCAAGUCCGUGGUAAAAACAACAUCUGGACAAUUGCUGCAAGAUCACAAUAUCAGAUUGAUACAAAGACUAUAGAGGAACUUUUUGGGCAGCAGGAAGAAACAAAGCCCCAAGACCUCCGAAGUCGAUCUUUAAAGUCUUCGUUUAAAGAGACUAAAGAGGAGGUUUCCAUUUUGGAUGCAAAAAGAAGUAUGAACAUUGGGAUAUUUCUCAAACAAUUCAAAAAGUCUGCUGAAUCCAUCAUUGAAGAUAUUUAUCGUGGAAGAAGUGAGCCCUAUAGUUCUGAACUGCUGCAUGAAUUUCUUAAAUUAUUACCAGAAGCAGAGGAGGUGAAGAAAUUAAAAGCUUUUGAUGGAGAUGUAUCAAAACUGUCUCAAGCUGAUUCCUUCAUGUAUUUACUAAUCCAGGUGCCAAACUAUGCUCUUAGGAUUGAAGCCAUGGUGUUAGAGAGGGAGUUCUCACCCUCCUGUGCUUCUCUACAGGAUGACAUGAAAAUUAUAAGACGGGCAACAAAAGAGUUGAUGACUUGUGAGGAGCUGCAUUCCAUAUUGCACUUGGUCCUUCAGGCUGGGAAUAUUAUGAAUGCGGGAGGCUAUGCUGGCAAUGCUGUUGGAUUUAAGCUGUCAUCACUGCUCAAGCUGGCGGACACAAAAGCAAACAAACCUGGGAUGAGUCUGCUGCAUUUUGUUGCUCUGGAAGCCCAAAAGAAAGAUGCAGCUCUUCUCAACUUUUCAGAAAAAAUUAGGGAUGUUCAUGAUGCUGCCAGGUUAUCCAUUGAUAAUAUAGAAGCAGAGCUCCAGUCACUGUCUUUCAAGGCAAGAUCUGUUAAAGACAGCAUUCGGAGAGACCCAAAACUCUUUCACCAAAUGGAAAGCUUUCUCCAGUUUGCUGUAAGACAUCUAAAGGAGCUUGAACACCAGAAACGGGAAUUACAAAAGGAGGGGAAUGCUCUCAUUGACUUUUUCUGUGAAGACAAAGAAACUAUGAAGUUGGAUGAAUGUUUCCAGAUAUUUAGGGACUUCUGCGUAAGAUUCGACAAGGCUGUUAAGGAAAAUAGAGAACGAGAGAUCCAGGAGCUUCAUAGCCUGCAAAGGCAAAAGGAGCUGGAGGAGAAGCGUCGAUCCUGGGCAGCUGGAGAGCUUGGGAGCUUUGGGCGGAGCAGCAGUGAAAAUGAUGUGGAGAUGUUGGCCAAAAAGGGACUUGAAGAAUUUCUUCCCUUCUUGCAGCAGAGACCUCAAAGCCCUUCAUACAGAAACCCUAAUUCUAGACGCUCUCGACUUUCUUUGGGGCUUGCUGCAGACAGGGAACUGCAGAGUUUCCUGGAAAUCUCAAAAGAUGAGGAUCCAAACAAGUUUAACAGCCUUCCCCGUGCAAACACCCGACAAGCAAGACCAAACACAGCCUGGGCUGAAUCCAAAGAAACAAGAGAUCUCAACUUAAAUACCUUGCACUUGCACCAACAUUCUGAAACCAAAGUGAAAAGUGGCGGCCGACUGAAGGUGUCUCCAACUCAGCCCAGUCACUUCAGUGGCUCAACCAGUCCUGGUGCCCGUUACUUACAAAGAAAUACUGACUACAACAUGCUCACUUCCAAUGUGUCCUGCGAGGAGCCCACAGAUAUAAAUGCACUGUCCCUUGCAAUUGAGGAGCAUGAACUUGUUAAAGGAUUGUGUAAGUUUGAUAUUCAGGGAGCAAAGCCUACAGAGGAUACACCUUUACUGUAUGUGGAAGGUGCUGGUGGAACAGACUUGGAGACUUUAGAUGAUCUAAGUUUUCGUUCCCUUAGCACUGCCGAUGAUGACCUGUCCCCAGUUUGCAGAAGUUCCAGAGAGGCCCAUGACCAUAAAGCCAAGGCAGCAGAGUGCAAAAGUGAAGCUUCAGAGCCCAGCAGCAGCAGCCAAGUGUCUAUGGAUACAAGUGUUUCAGGAAGUAGGGAAGAUGGGCCAGUGUUCUACAUGUCAGAUACAACAACCGAUUGUUCUUUGACAUUGGACUCUGAAGAGGGAAAUGAUUUUAAAUCAGCAGGCAAUGGAAUAAGGAGUGAGGCUGUCAAAGCACGUUUUUCUGGGAAUGACACUCAGGACAGGGCUCAAACGUUCUUCUCAAAUCUGAAUUCUUCUGCCAAGGAUCUGUCUCUUCACACUUCCACAAAUGAUAAGGACGAUGCCAAUAGCAAGCACCCCCUUCCUAAAGGGGGGACCAUAAAAGCUAAAGAUGCAGCAGGACCAAAGAGAAACUCUCUAAAAGACAGAUCUCCAACCUCUUCAAAACCUAGUGGCACUCGCCCUAGCCACACAGCUCCUUCCAGACCUGUAAGAACUUUGAAUGCCUCUGAGAAUGAAAGUAUGAGGAAAGUGGUGCCUAUUUCUCGGUCAAACAGAGCACCGAGCAGCGUGAAAAAGCCAGAAGCUAAGCCAGCACUUCGUGAAACCAGUACAGUGGAGAGUCGACUGUCCCGUCGCAGCUCUGUCCGAGGCACAACAGACACCCUGCCAAGAAGUCCUUACAGGCAUAGCAUAUCAGUAGAAGAGCCAAAGUUUCAAAGAGGUACUGUCACCUCGAGCAGUGCUCAUUUUGAGAGGGACAGAGUAUCUCUCAAGAAGCCAAGCUCUAAACCUGUUAGGAAUAAUGUCAAAUCAAAGGUAGAUGAAGCAAAGAUGUGUCGCUCCAGUGUAAAACCCCAGACUCCUACAGAUGACACUAAGAUUGCCACAGUCAGUGUUCCCAAAACACCAUCCACUGUCCCAAACUUUGCAAGGAAUACAGUGGCUUCUUCUUCAAAACGUGCAAAGGUGGAUCUUUCCACCUCAUCCAGACCUCCAGCCAUCACAAGGUCUGUGUCCCAGCGACUGCCUAAGGUGAAAGCAGCAGUGACCUCUGAUGAUCCAAGUCCAAAGGAGAACAGUGUGAGUACCUUAAAGAGAGCAAGUAGUGCCAGAAUGGUUGGAAGAAGCAUCCUGCAGGGAGAAGCUGUCAGCACUAAAGUAGAGCCUGCACCAAAGGAACAGGGAGCAGGGGAAAAGGCCUCUCUUAAACUGAAGGAUGCAAACCGGACCACAAUUGGUAAAAUACUGAAGCCACUACUGAAGUAAGGGAGAGAGGUUUUCGAGUCUUGGAAUGUGAACAUUUGUUCAAGCACUGGAUGUCUGUUAUGAAAUUCCUUAAAACAGUAACAUUGCCAAUAAGCAUCAUCAUGUGCUCAUUAAGUACAGCACACCAUUGGAAAAGGGCAAGUAGUUGUGUUCUGGUCUUAAUCCUUUUUAAUGAAUUUGAAUGUAUUUGAAGCUGCUGUGACAGAAUGUGAGUGUAACAGCAAAUCUUUACAUAUUUGCAAUACAGAAGGUCACCAAAAGCCAAGAAGUUUUAAGAAGUUAAACUACAAGCUUUGCAACAGAAAACAUGGAUAAAGGCCAGUUUUUGUGUAUAUAAAAUUAUUGCUAAGACUCCAGCCCUUGUGCAGGUUGGUUCCUUAUUUGACGUCAAAGUGAAUUCUGUGGAACAGUACUGAAAACAAACUUAGGUGAUUGUACUUUCCAUUGCUUUCAGCUCCUUGGAUUCAGGAAUUCUUCUUGCCUGUUGCAAAGUCCAUUGCUGGCAAUUGGACAGACUGGGAACUGCUGGCCAAAAAAUAGUAAACCAAGACAUUUGCUGUUUGUGGCUGUCUUUAACCUCACUGAAGAAUUUAUAGCAUGUUUUAUGAUUGUGUACGUGUGCCUGGAGGUGGCUUUCUGCUGGGCAGGAGGUUUAUUCUCCAAGAAUGUGGCAGCAUUGUCUUGCAUGCACAAAUAAUGUGGCUGGUGCUGCAUCGAGUAGCACAGCUGGAGGCUGUGCCUGUUGGAAGGGCCAUCGGUAACCACUGGGAUGAUGACUACUCCUGACUAGUUUUGGUCACAAACAAACUUGCCAGCUUUUGGUCAUAGAGAAGUGCCAUAUAUUUAUGAUACAUAUCAAGGAUGUUUGCAGUUCAGCUCUUGAAGGCUGCAAAGUGGUGCCGAGCACUUUCUUACCAUUCUGUGUUUCCAUCGGUUUAUCCACUACCAAAUUACUUGAAUGUUGCAACGGCUCUGAUUGAGCCAUUAAUUUCCCUUCCUCCUCCUCCUGCCCUCUCUUUCCUUGUCAACACGAAUAUUUAGCAUGAAACACAGAGCUUAUGCAUGACAAUGUUUUUGUAGACUUCCUUGGUUGCUCUGAAUGUGGAUUUUAAUGUUUAAAGACUCUAAAGGAUGAAUUAAACUAGUAUUUGAUAAGCUUUUUACAAAAUAAAAACACCUCUUUUUUUUUUCCUGCAGUUAGAAAUUUUAACUCCUGUCAGACUAAAGUACAGAGAAUGAGGGAAAACUUGUUCAGCGUGCUGUGCAUCUUCCCAAAAGAAAUGCACGUAGGUGGGGAAACUGAUCGCUGUUCUCCUAAGCAUUUUGUUUAAAGAGCUGCCUUUUUAUUCACUUAUGAGUGAAGCCUCAUUUAAGAAUAAAAUUUAAAAAGAAAAAAAAUGUAAAGGAAAAUCUCUUUGGACAAGUGGCAUUGACUUACUAGAGAUAGAUCUGUUUGUCUGCUCUAUCCCUGUCUCCCUGCUGGGAGAGUGUAAUUCAAUGAGAAAGAGACAUUUAGUUGUUCACAUGCUUCUCAUGGGCAAGUAUCGGGGACAGCUAGCUUUGUGUUUUGAAGUUGGCAAGGAGCAUUUAGCUCUUCCCACGUACCAGCAAAUCUUGAUGCAGACAUCAUACCCAAACAACCUGAAGUAUUGCAUAGGGCCUCUUGUUUGAGUCUGUCCCACAGGGAGAAUUUCUACAGCUUGAUC